AUGGUUGCAAUGUGUCCGUCAAACAAGUCGAAACAUCUGGGCAAGGUAGACUUACCUGCAAAGCGACAAAAGUAUGCAGAGGACAGUGACGACGAGGACAAUGUCAAAAAGUGUCAGCCUGUCAGGAAGAAGCCAGCACCGAGAAGACACCAGAAGGCCAAGAAAGCUGCAGCAACAAAAGCGAUAGCUCAGUUUGAGCUUGAGAUGAAGGAGAAGGACGCACAAGACUCAUUGCAGGCGAAUUGUCCCCCCACAUUGAAUGUCUCAAAGGUACCUCGAAAGCCGAGCGUCUCUGUGCUUGGUGACCCAGCUGAUGAGACAAUCAUAGAGGAUGUGAUGCUGAUAGACAACGAUCAAAAUAAUGAAAACGGGGUCCAGAACAGCGAGAACUUACCAGGAUCCUACAAGCCAGGCACUAAGUUCACCAAGGCUCAGAAGGUGUGCCGUGAUGUUGAGGCUGCAAAACAGAGGGCUGUGGAGCAACAGAAGGGCAGGGCAGAGAGCAAGGAGGACGAAGAGGUGAUGGACAGCGGUGAUGACAAUGUCAGAGGUGUUGGAAAGAAGCAACAAAAGGGCAGCCACACUUGCAGCGAUAGAGAGAGGCCCUCCAGCAAAAGACUCAAGCAGGAUGACCUUCUGUUUUCCUCGCAACCACCCCAGAGUGGCAUGGUUAACAACUGGUGUCAGGUCAUAUCCACGCAGGUUCCAAAUCACAAUCGACAACCCAGUGCUGCACCGAAAUCUGUGCUGGCUGCCAGUGGAACAGACUCACUUGCAUCCAGAAAUACCGUCCGUCCAGGCGGUUUUGAGGUCGAGCUCAAUGACGAUGAGCAGCCUGAGCCACCUGGACCCCAUCAAGGAGAACAAGACCCUCUGUUGACACGCAUUGAAGUAAUCAAGGCUGGGACAGAAGGCCGGGAGCAAGCAGGUGGUGGAUCUGAUGAGACUGACAUGAGAGAGAGCGAGGACAUGCAUUACGGUGGGGAACAGGAUGAUGGUUCCUCCCCCAAACCUGAGAGUGCAAGACCUUACAUGUGGAAGCUCAAAGUAGUCAGUCACACAAUCACUUGUCCUCCUCCCGAACGUCAGGGCUCAGCAACCAAUUCCAUGCAAACAGGUCGAUUGAAGACUAGCUACAGCAAGUCUAAUGAGUGUCGUAACGACAGGACCACAGGACGUCAGAAGCAACAAGGGAAAAACAAUGCUACCUCUUGCAAAUCUGUUACAAAUGCACCAUGGUCCAUGCACAACAACAGCGAAGACAAUGAUGAUAACAACAACAACAACAACAACAACAACAACAGCAGCAGCAGCAGUGACAACGAAUCAUCGCAAGCGCCACAUACUCGUGUCAAAUUCAUGAAGAACGACCUUCCCCCAGGCUUGCACUGUGAUUUUGAUGCCCUCGUUGUGCCGAUGUGGAUUGAUUUUAUUUCCACCCUUGACAACAUGUGGGAUAUAUCCGAUUUUGCUGAUGAGAUGCAAAGGAUAUGGGACCUUGCAUUACCAGCCAUCAAGCACACUGUUUCCAAGUUGAAGGACCCAGUAUACAAAAUUUUGAUGCAACGAGCAUAUCACUAUUGCAGCGACUUUGGAGAGCGCGCAAAGAUCGUAAUCGCAAAGUAUAUCAAGGAACAAGGCUGGAUGUCUGACGAGAUUCAACAAGUAGUUGCAUACAUAGUUCCCGAGCAAAUUCCAUGGGUCAACAAGAAGGGACAAAAGAAUUAUUAUGGUGCUUUUGAGGACCAAUGCAUCCUUGAUAUGUUUGCGCUAUAUUUCAAGCAUGUCCACUGCCUCCCAACUAAAUACUGUUCUGAGCGAAUGCCAAAGGGUGCGCUGUCUAUCACCACAGUCACAGUCAAACAAACAUGGAAAAUGUGGAAGACGGGGCAUUUUGUUCAACCAACCAAGGCUUCUCAGUGCCAAUUUGCAGAAGGACUCUGGAGCUACAGUACGGAGCUCAUCAUGGAGUCCAUUGAUGGAGCCACUCGUCAUAAAUGGAAGAAGAUCUUCAAGGGCGCUGCUCCAUUCACCGAUGCUCAUCGGAAAUGA